GACUAAUUCAUUACCAUAAUAACUAUUUAAUGUAUUUUGUAUUUAAUAUAGUUGUCUUGAAAUUAAAUUAAUAUCUUGAAGAUAUAUAUAUAGAUCUCAUGUUAACUUUACAACGCUUUCGUAGAGUAUGCAUCACCCUACUUAACAGCUGUUUUUAGACAUAUGUAAUUGAAGACUUUUUUCUUAUUUUUUCACAAUAUACAUUUAUAAAUGUAAAAUGCAAUCAAAAAUAAAAAUUUCACGUGUUACAAAUAAAGGAUUGCAUUUUUUGAGCAGCAGAUAUGAAAAUAAGUUUUCAUUUUAUCAGAAACACACAUUUGGAGCGCUUCCGCCGUUAGCAACAGGGUAUAAUCCUGAAUCUGUGGAAAAAGACAAAUAUGUAUUUCAAAAAACACCAAAACAUUGUGGUAGUAAACAUGGUUCAUAUCGGAUGCUACUUCCUCCACCGAAUGUAACAGGAAAUCUACACUUAGGGCAUGCAUUGAAUGCGACUUUACAAGACGUUAUAUGCCGUCAACAACGGCUGUUGGGAUAUGAAGUUGAAUGGAUCCCGGGCACAGAUCAUGCGGGCAUUGCUACUCAAGUGAUUGUGGAAAAAAAUUUGUUUAAGGAACGUGGCAUUACGCGACAUCAACUCGGGCGCACUCCAUUUUUGUUAGAGGUAUGGAAAUGGAAACGAAAAAAAGGUGAUAGGAUCAUAGAAGAUCUUCGAAAACUUGGGUGCACGCUCGAAUGGGAUAGUGAAUAUUUUACAAUGGAUGAGAAACAAUCACGAGCUGUCAAUGCAGCGUUCAUUCGUCUGUUCGAUGAAGGUCUCAUUCAGCGACGCAAAUCACUGGUCAAUUGGUCUUGUGCGCUGGAGUCUGCUAUCUCUGACAUCGAAGUGGACUUAUUAGAAAUCAGUGGACCCACUGCACUAACUGUGCCAGGUCAUAAAGCCAGUGUGGAAUUUGGAAGAUUGUACGAUAUUAAAUAUCGUAUAUGCAAUUCAAAUGAUGAAAUAACCGUUUCGACAACGCGGCCAGAAACUGUGCUGGGCGAUGUUGCAGUGGCUGCACACCCACAAGAUCCAAGAUAUGAAAAAUAUCGCAAUCAAGAACAAGUUUUUCUCAACCAUCCUUUUCGCAACGAACAGAUUCCUUUAAUUUUUGAUGUCAAAGUAGACCAGAACUUUGGCACUGGUGCCGUCAAAAUCACUCCCGCUCACGAUCGUAAUGAUUAUGAAAUAGCUGAACUACAUCUUCUGGAACCCAUACAAGUAUUCACAGAACAAGGCACCAUUACAGAUAAAUUUGAGGUAUUUAAGGGUUUGCCUAGAUUCGUAGCACGCGAGCGCGUUUUGGAUGAACUCUCAAACCUUCAACUGCUGGGGACUGCCAAACCACAUGCCAUGAUAUUGCCCAUCUGCUCGCGUUCAAAAGAUGUAGUCGAGUACAUGUUGCGACCGCAGUGGUUUUUGCAUUGUAAACCCUUGGCGGAUGCUGCUAUCUCCGAAGUACGAAGUGGUCGAUUGAAAAUUCAACCUGAAAACUUCGAGAUUGAUUGGUAUCGAUGGCUUGAAGCAUGUCGUGAUUGGUGUAUUUCUCGCCAAUUGUGGUGGGGACAUCAAAUUCCCGCUUACUUUGCUACAGACAUUGAGGGCAACACUUGUUGGAUAGCUGCACUGAGUACAGAAGAAGCUACAAAACUAGCUAAAACGAAAUUAAAAGCAGAACUUCGCAGUGUAGAACGAGAUCCGGAUGUAUUGGAUACAUGGUUUUCCUCAUCACUGCUGCCCUUCUCUGUAUCCAAUUGGCCUUCGUCGGAGUAUAAAAGUCGCUACCCAUUGGACUUGAUGGCAACAGGUCAUGAUAUUCUUUUCUUCUGGGUGGCGCGAAUGGUAAUGAUGGGAGUAAAGCUAACAGGUGAGGCGCCAUUUAAGAAAGUGUUGUUAAAUGGUAUUGUGUGCGAUGCGCAUGGCCGGAAAAUGUCGAAAAGUCUGGGUAAUGCAGUAACGCCAAAUCAAGUUGUACAAGGUGCCAGUUUAGAGGAGCUGCAAAAAGAGAUACAGGCUUCUUAUGAUGCGGGUUUACUAAGUCAAGUUGAAUUGAAGAAAUCCCUUAGAGGGUUGCAAAAAAUGUUUCCACAAGGCAUACAACAAUGCGGUACAGAUGCCUUGCGUUUCACUCUAUGCAGUCACAAUAUAAAAAAUCAUUUUGUUAACUUCGAUGUGGCCGAGUGUUAUACCAAUAAACUAUUUCUCAAUAAAAUCUGGCAGGCAACUAGAUACACCAUUGGUGCGGCUGAAAAGCUGAAUUUAUCUCUUACGGGUAUCGAGACCAUGGGAAAUUGCCCACUAAGCAAAUGGGACCGUUGGAUACUCAGUCGUUUGGCGGACACUUUAACAACAGUUAGUCAAAGUAUCGAGAAACAUGACUUCCACUUGGCCACAUCUGCGCUUAAACAAUUCUUUUAUAAUAACCUCUGCGACGUAUAUCUGGAAACCACAAAACCAGCGAUUAAUGAAGGUACGGCAAAUGGUUACAUUAGUUGUGCCACAUUAGCGACAUGUCUAAGUUGGGGUCUUCAAGCAAUGUCAAUAUUUACGCCAUUCAUUGUCGAGGAGUUGUUGAAAUAUCUGCCACGGGGCAUACACCUGCACUUGAGUAGGUAUUCCAAUGCUGAUGUUGAGGCGGAAAUUGAGAUGAUAUUGACAAUCUGUCAAGCCGUGCGACAGCUAAAGAGCCAAAACAAAAUAUCGAAAAAGCAUGAACCGGGUCUGUUUAUAUUCGCCCCUGAUCCAAAGACUCUUGGUGAGCUUGAUUUGCAUUUGAAGCCAAUAAGCGCACUAACACUAACCACAGAUGUGUUUGUGGAACUAUUAACACCGAAUGAACUGAAGCUACGCAAGAAGGCUUUUCAGUUCUUCUCCACAGCGGGACAUCACUGUUCUUUCGGUUUGCAAGUAAAUAGAAUAUAUGAGCAAACACGAAAAGUGGUUAAACCCGUUCAUGAAGUGAAUCAAAAGAAAUUGGAUCAUCUGCAAGCAGAACUGGAACGCUACCGCAUGAGAAUCAAUGACGAAGGCUUCCUGCGCUCGGCUAGUGAACAAGUCCAAAAACGUCACAACCAAAAGAUUCAACAAUUAGAAUUAGAAAUAAAAAAUAUUCGAAAUUUGACCAGUUAAAAUAUGUUAAAAAAGUUAGCAAAAUGUAUAAGGCUUUGUUAAGUUAAACUCUUUUGUUGUUGCCUUACUAUGUACGAAGCUUUAAAAAAUCAGAAUUGUACAGAAAUACAUAGUUUAAAAAUAAAUGUAACAAACAAAAAGGACACGAAUGAUAGAACACUGAAUUAUAAAUCACACAUUUAUUCUCGUAGAUAUUCCUAAGUUAGCCCUAAGUUUAGUAAGUAGUCUUCAUCGGCGCUAAACUACAGGGCACGAGUUUUGAGAGUACGACAAACGAAAGCCUCGAUUCGACAUAUCCAAAUCCUCAUUUGCGUUCGUCACCGAGUAAAGCACAAAAGGUUUCGUCGCACUGGUUGUACUCACCAACCCGAGUCCACAGAAACGAUCGCUAGACAAUGAUAUACCGCCUUGUGUCGGGUUCGGUAUGAUAAUGAAAUCAGUUGUACAGUCUUGACUUUGCACCGUUGAUGUGCCAAGCAGCGAUGGAUCAAUAACGGCCACAUCAUUGGUUAACGUAAACGAAUAUGCAUCGGAACUCACUUGACUCCACGUAAUUGAACAAAUGCCUGCACCCAUGCGCACACAAAUGCCAUACUGCUGAUUGGCGAUUUGCCGUGUGCCUGGUACACCAAUUGAAUUCGCGAGCGAGUUGGCAGCUGAGUCGUAAUUGAAGCUUGACACUGUUCCACUAGAAUCCAUGUAGUAUUGCAAACAGCCAGACGGUGCUUGGGUGGCAGAUGCGCAGGCAAGUUGUGCGAUUUGAAAUUGCCAUUGGCGAUUGAACGUGUAAUCAUCGGAUGUGGCGACAGAAAUAGUAAUCGGCGAGUCGCCACUGAAAUCCACAUACACAUGUUGGCCACUAUUCUCACCACAAAUUGUGGGCACCCUCGAUCCACCGGUUAUAGUUAGAGUGUCGGUUACACAAAGACCAUCACCGUUCGGCGGCGCGAUCGACAGCGAUAGGAAGUCAAUGCGCAGCUGACAGAUGUUACUAUCGCAUUUCGAGACAACAAUUGUGCAACUGUAAAAUAGUGUAUGAAAGAUAAUUUUGUUAUCAUUGAGCUUGAAAGAAUAAGAAGCCUUACCGUCCGCCACCGGCAUAAGUGCCUGGGUAGCCGGAGUUGUAGAAAUAUGUAUUAUUGUAACUUGUUGAGGAGCCGCAACCCAGUUGAUCUACAUAUUGCAUUUGAAUUUGCUAAUUAUUAUUCGUUUGGCUUUUAUGUCUUAAGCUACUUACAUAUGCAACACACAGCCUGUGUUGUAAUGGUGCUGCAAGUGCCAGCCGCCACACCACCGUUAUCACUGCAUUCGCCACGCACCACACAAGUGCCAGCCAGCUGAUUGGCGCCCAUGCAUACAUCAUUGGGAAAGCGUCCAAUUGUAUAGAAGGGAAACCCUGUUUGGAAAAGAUUUGGAACGAAGUAGGUGUAAUGAAAUCGGAUUAAACAGUGAUUGCGGGUGAUUGAAAUAGUAAAGCGACAUGGGCAUAUUUAAGAAUUUGAAUUAUGGCUGUGAGUACUAACUUUUCUGUUGAUAUCUUAACAAUAAAUGAGGAGUUUUAAAACAGAUUUAGAACAAAUUUUAACCUAUAACUGUAGUUAGUUAUAAGCUACCAUAAACUAAGUUAUGAGAACGAGUAUUAACGGGUUUUAUCAAAAUUUAAAUAAAAGUUCCUAAAAGUA